GAUCUGUAGCAAGUACAAAACAGGUUAACUAUCGCACAGGCGAUCAAAACCCACGAACUGGAUACUAGAAAAGACCUGCCACGUCCCUCACAGAGCCUACAGUUUGGCACUUGUAUCAGUGCAAGAGUUAGCUAUGGAGUAUCAGAGGAACUUCAAGUUAUUGGCCGGAGUAUUUAUUGUCUUUCUCUCGUGCACAAAUGUCUCAAAUGGAGUUUAUAACGAUUGGUGCCAGGACUUGAACACAAAAUGUAACGCGUGGAAGUCAAGAGGACUUUGCACAUCAUUAUCUCGCAGAGCCCAGAGAAUGAUGAGGAAACUUUGCCCUGAAACUUGCAACUUCUGCGAGCCUCCGUCGCCUGAGGUGUGUUACGAUGGAAAACAAAUAUCCAAAUACGGUUGUUGCUGGGACGGUAUUACCGCUGUCACUGGUCCGAACGGACAGGGAUGCCCUGCUUGCGAAAACAAAAAGAGUGGAAGAUUUUGUUCGAUGAGGAAAUACUUGUGCUUCACGAAGAGAAACCAUAAAUUUCUCAGAGAGAACUGCCCAGGGACAUGUGGCUACUGCAAAAAGGCGUCAUAUUCUUGCAUGGAGGAUUCUGGAGUUUGCGAAAAUGACUGUUACGAUGUUGAGCCUCAACAGCUGUGCGAACGACGCAAGAACAAAGGGUACUGUACAGUGGAGGAAUGGAAGAACUACCUGCUGAAAAACUGUCCAUUUACAUGUGGCUUUUGUGGUGAAGACAAUCAAGGAAUGGUCGCUAGAAUGCUCUACACUGAUUGAAGACAUGCAUCAUAUUUAAAAAAGAUUCAGCCAAUCAAAAAACCCUCUCUUAAACAUUGUGGCUGUUUUUAUAAGUUUUCUGUCUUAGAUGUUGCUAACAAGCCUGUCUAGGGCUGCACAGCUAAACCAUGUCACAUCUUCUUAAUUUAUCUGUUAGGAGAUUGCAAUCGCAAAACCACUUUUGCACCCUUUCAAGUAUGAAGUAAUAAACUAUCAGAUGGA